GUUAAUGACCAGGACUGCACGCAAUAUAGCCUUGCAUCCUUUUGGCUGUACGGAACCUCACCAAAGUACUACCAUGUUAAAAUACUCAUUGACAUGAUCAAGUAGAGCACUACUAUGGCGUUGUUGGCCCUAGAAAGGAUACUUCAUAUUCAUUCUCAUACGCAUACAUAGUAGACCCGUUGAGUGUAUCCUUGAUGCCUCAUAAUUUGCCUCAUGCAGAUACCACACAUACUAACUCCAACUGCCGUACAGGACUUGUCUCGUCCUCCUGCAUGUCGUGCUUGAUACUGUAGCAUCAUAUCAAGUAAUUUAACUUUCUUUUGUAUUUAGCCAGUCAUGGCAGAACAGUCAAAAUUCGAGAGUCUCCCUAAUGAGAUACUGUUAGAGAUUUUGUCUUACCUUUCCCCAACGCACAUUACCGAACUUCAAGUCUUGUCUCAGCGACUCUUACGUGUAUGCCGAGACAGCGUUUUCUGGCGCCUGCGAUGCCACGAAGAGUCUACUUUUCUGGAGAGUUUCAAACGCCGGCGCAGCCUCCGAUUCUCGGACGAAGACGAGACUCUCGUAAGCGCCGUUCUGAGCUCUCAGAAUGGAGGCCCGGACACAACAAAUACGCCGCGAACGUCCCGGAAAGCCGUCGAGAACGAACGAGUACGAAUCCUUGCAAACUGGGAUCCAUCCUUUGAUGGUGAGAGUGUGAACUGGUACAAUGAGUACAUCCAGCGGCGCGGCGCAAUCGCUGUUAGCUGGUUCGAGCAGCCUCAAAUCAGGGAUGGCGAUAUGAAAGAUGCGAUCGAGGUCAAAGGUACUGCUCUUUUCCGGCCAAGUCAGAACACAGAUGUGCUCUACGCGGUGGCUCCUCUGGACGACGGAUCAGUAUGUCUCUGGGAUGUCAAGGGGAAUGGGGAAACUCGCCGAAAGCCAGGGUCAAUUCUGUCAAAGAGUCAGGAAGGCUUACUUCGCCUUGACAGUCCCAGUCUCUCAUUCCGAUCCAGAAUGACAAGCAUCGGUAUAACGGAAUGUGUCAGUGUGGAUAGCAGCAGGAACAGGGCGUUUUUCGCCGUUCAGAGUCACCUUGUCGAAGUCGAUCUGCAAACACUGCAAAUCGUGGCCCAGCAGCCAUAUGAGUGGCCUAUUACUACUAUGUCCACGGCGCACCCUACAAUACCGUUGACAAUUGGCACAUUCCAUGGAAUCCAUUUGCAUGAUUCGAGAGUGGGAACCAAAAUCAAGCGCGACAGAAACGAGCGGCUAGACGUUUUCGAUCGGGUAAAGUCUCCUGAUCUUUCUCUUGUUAUGGAUCCCAGCCCUCUACCACCUUAUGCGCCUCUGACCCAGUCUGGACCACUAAGUAUACUUCACAUGGAGCAACCAAGCUCCAAGGAGCUUAUAUCCGACGACAUCUUUGUGGCCGGUCGGUUUGCUAGUGUCCUUCACUACGAUCGCCGUAUGUUCCCUGCAAUCAAAGGAUCCAUACAUUCAGGGGCGAGAUUGUGCAGCCUAGCAUCUCUGCCUUAUCCAUUUUCAUGCCUCGACAGUGAUCUGCGCCGCCAUGGGGAGCUCUCAGUAGACCAAGUCAACAAGGUUAAAAGUGCUACUGGAGGGCGAACCCUGAUUGCGGGUGGAGAGUAUAACACGAAAGGUUCUUUGGAGAUAUACGGCCUAGCUGAAGAUCAAGGAAACGACGACUACAACCUCAUACAAAAGUCCACCAUGAAAAACAGACAAACAGCAUCUGCGGCAAAAUUACUAUCGGUCAUAAACCAUGGAGCGCGUAUUGUUUAUUCGGAUGGCGAUGGCUACCUCAAGUGGAUGGAGAGAGAUGGUUUCACCGAAGUCCGUCGGCACAAGAUAGGGCAUGGUGAGAAGGUGGCUCAUCGGUCUCUUUUCGCAUCAAUGCCGGGUUCCGACGAGAUUGCACGAAAGAUGUUGUCGACCCGAACCAAAGAAAUGGGCACCGACGGUGACGUGAACAAUGAUGACAUCGUUUUCUGGACAGGCGAGAAACUAGGUCUCGUCAGCUUUUCUUCCCAACCUGGCUUCAGUUCAGAAGAUUUUGAGGACGACACUCGAACGCCCGAAGAGAUCAAGACAGAGAAAGAAGCUCAUCUCUACAACGAGAGGAUGAGACUUGCGCUGGAACGACAAGCUAAUGACGUUAGAUACGUUCGACACCUCGGAGCUGGUAUUCUUCGUGGAAUUUGAUAUGCACCAAGCAAUGCCAGCCCAUGGAUAUCGUCGCGCAGCCGAAGCUCUCGGGAUAGGAAGCAAUGAGUAGUCGCUAGAAUGAGCGUUAGAUUUUCGAGUAUACUGGAUUAAAAACAACAUCCCAUACAUUCAAUAAAGUGUCGUUGUCAGUUUUGGUGGUCGAGGAUAAUCUAGCUGGGCUAUAAAGCGUGACCAAGACUCAACCUGGCAGCCACACUCAUGAGCAUGUGAAGACUUCUAUGUGAAGCAUCAGAAUAAUUAGGGGUUGAGAUACACACGACUGGCAAGCACAAGGCCCUGCAAUCAUUAGUUAAACCAACCAAUCAAGUCCCGUAAAUUUGUGACUCAUAACUCUGCGGCAUGAGAUCCUUUUGGACCCAUGGCCCGCAGUUACACGUAGACAUUUCCCAUAGGACUUGAUGCAAUACGAUGGAGCGUUAUAUGAAU